AUGCGACGGGGAUCUCAGGGUUUUGACCAAACACCUCCUUUUCGCAAACCCGAUGAUCCAGCGGACCGCCGCAGCAAAAUACCACCCACGGGAUUCCGCGAGUACUGGUAUCCGGCAUUGCCUGCCAAGGACGUCAAGAAAGAUAAGCCGGAAGUCCUUCGGAUGCUGGGCACUGAUGUGGUCUUUUUCCGGGAUACGAAUGACGAGAUUCAAGCGCUUCUGGACUGGUGUCCCCACCGCUCGGUCUAUCUAUCCAUGGGGCGCUGCUACUUCUCCGGUUUUGUAACCUGUCCCUACCACGGCGCCACUUUUGACGGCGACGGCAACUGUGUGGCCUUCCUGACUGAGGGCCCCGAGUCAAAGAUGGUGGGAGCCCCCGGAAUGAAGGCCCGAAAAUUCCCUACGGCAACCAUCAAGGGAAUGGUGUUCGUCUGGAUGGGCGACGGUGAGCCGGUGGACCCGCAGGAGGAUAUUCCGCCGGAGAUGUUCGAGGAUCACAAUAUCCACCGGCCCGUCUUCACCAUGUUCGACUGCAACUGGGUGCUGGUUUUGGAAAACACCAUGGACGCCCACAACGCUUUCAUGGUGCACCGGAACGCCAUCCGCAUCCUGAAAAGCCGGUUGGGCGGACGUCCCCGAACUCCCCUUGGCUACCGAGUGAACCUGGUCAACAACAAGAAUGUGCAUUACCAGCCGGGCCGGGGCAAGUCGAGCGUGGAAAAAUACUACUACGACGAAGAAGGCAACAUUCCCUACCAGAUGUAUUACCCGGGGGUGGAUGGUGUCUGGCCCCAAAGUCGGUGGCGCCUGAUGUGGACCUGGAUCUUCGACCGAAAGGCACGCAAGACGGGACAGGCUCCGGGACGUGUCCGCCCACCACAGGCCGACGAGUCGGGCGUCAAUGAAUGGAACGGUACCCGCCUGCCCGGCAUGUCCCGCACCGGAGGCAACAAUGCCUACUUCCGCAGCACCCGCUGGGCCGUUCCGGUAGAGGACAACCUGACUCGCAUGGUGUACUUGAAUGUGGAACGGUACAGCAAGCGGCCCAAUACUUUCCGCCGCAUGUGGAGCUCUGUAACCUGGCCCUACCGAAACUGGGAGUUGAACUUCAACUUCCGCAACCAGGAUUACGACGCCGAAAAGUACGUUCAGUACGACUUUCCGGAGUACCUGUCCUCCACUGACUCGGUAGUGGUGGCUAUGCGUCGGCUCUUCUCGGAGCAUAACCGGGACGUGAUUCGCCGGCGGGAGCGGGAAGAGGAACUGCCGGAAAUACUGAACGAAACACUGGCCGAGCAAAUGGUAAGAGAAGGCGAUGUCCGCGUAGCCGAAACAGCCGAAGCCUUCGAUGUGGACAAACUGCAGGAGGAGCUGCUGCGGCGGGUGUAA